AUGGUGCAUUCGCGUAGUUUUGCAUCCACCCACCCUCCCUCUCUUCCUCUCGUCGUCCUGCCCUCCCAAUCCCCCUUUGUUGCCUCAUUAGUGGUAAACCAUCCUCCUCACACCCUUACUGCUGCCUCACCGUUCCUCCUUAAACCCCCAUGUCAUCCCAAAACGGUACCUAAGGGGACGCUCUCUGCAUGCCACGAGUGCAAGCGGUGGCAUCUCGUCACAUUUGUCUCUCCCUUGCUUGCUAUAUCUCCCUUGCUAUUAUCCAUCCUCCUCCCUCCCUUACUGUUUGACGCGCUUCACUCCUUCCAGUCCCUCCGCAUGCCACGAGUGCAAGCGGUGGCAUCACGUUACGCUGCCGCCUCAAAGACGAUUUAUGGCGCCAAGAAAGAGAAGAAGGCAGCAGUGAAUGGGGGAGGAGCAGGCAGUGAUCGAAGUGAGGAGGAUGAAGUGCCAAAGAUUGAAGAGGUUCAAGCGGCAAUGGCUGCAGUGGCGGCACGAGAGGGGCGUGAUCCUGAUGUGGAUCUGUAUGGUUAUGACAUCGUGGUUUGGGAGGGGGAGGAUCGUCGUGUUGCGAGUGUUCUGCACCAGUCGGAGCCACAG